AUGGGCGGGAAACAACCGUAUUCUAUCAUUACUGAUCAAGACCCUGCUGUUAAGAUUGCUUUGCCGACAGUUUUUCCAAAGUCUGUUCAUAAAUUUUGUGUAUGGCACGUAAUGAAAAAGUUGAAGGAUAAAGUAUCUGUUGAAGUGCGUAGUGAUGAAAACUUUCUUAAAAGAAUUAAUUAUUUGGUGUACAAUAGGGACAACGAGCCACAUGAAUUUGAAUCUGACAGGUCAAUAUUGCUAUUUGAUUAUAAGGAACAUAAGUUGGAUGAAAAUGUUUGGUUUUCAACUAUGUAUAAUAUCAGGGAAAUGUGGGUUCCUGCUUAUUUCAGAUCUAUUUAUAUGGGUGGUUUGUUAAGGACUACAUCAAGGUUAGAAAGUGAGAAUAACUUUAUUAAUAAUUUUUUCAAUAGAUUUCUCACUUUAGUCGAGCUCCAAAUGCGAUUUCAAAGCGCAAUGGAUGCACAACGUCAUAAAUUGGAAAUACUUGAAUGUAAGGAUACGUUGUUUACUCCACCACAUAAGACACCAUUAAUGUUGGAAAAACAUGCUGCUUCUUUAUAUACUCUUGCUGCUUUUUAUGAUUUUCAAGCUGAAAUUUGCGCUGCUUGUUUUGAAUGUAGGCUAGACACACAUCAUUUUGAUAAUGGUAAAGAUUGUUUUUCAGUGAUUUAUUUGCGUAACAAAAGGGUUUUUAAUGUUUUCUUUGAUCCAACAACACUUGAGGUGGAUUGCUCAUAUAAGAUGUUUAAACGUGUUGGAAUUUUAUGUAGGCAUUCUCUUUGUGUUUUAAAUGCUAUAGGUGUUAAUAAAUUUUCUGAGCAACACGUUUUGAGUAGGUGGACUAAGCUUGGUUUAAAAACUCUUAUAUAUGAUGUUAAUAGAGUACAAUUAAUUGAUUCUAUUAUUGAUGAUCCAAAAAAAAGGAUAUUAGGGGACGCUUGGAAUGAAGUUCAUCGUUGUGUUUGUCUGGUAGAAAGUAGUAUAGAUGAUCUUCAAGAAUUAUUGGAGAAACUAAAAGUCUAUUCCAGUGAACUUUUAGAAAAGAAAAACAGUUUAGUGGAACAAACAAAAGAUCAGGAUUUUGAGGAUUUUGUUGGUUAUAAAGCACCCGAAGUUAUUAGCAUCCAAAAUCCAAAAGUAUCUUCAAAUAAGGGCACUAGAAAGGAAAGUGAUACUAAUGACAAAGAGGCUCAUAGGUCUAUAAUUCCGAAGCGUUGUAAUACAUGUGGAAAGAUCGCUGGUCAUAAUAGUCGUACAUGCCUAGACAAGAACAAAAAGUAA